CGGUAUAUUGACUUCAAAAUAAAGGAUUUUUGCAGCAUCGGUUUCCAUAACAAUAAGCGUGCAAGUUGGUGACAACGAUUGAGGUUGUCUCGAGCUUUGAAAAUAACCGAUCAAAGUCUGAGUUGUGUCUUGAACGUUCUGAAUCCUGACACCAAAGUUUGAAACACUACUCCCAUAGCUUUACCUUUUCCUUUCACACCCAAAAUAAUAUCAAAUAUUUAAAUAAUAAUAAUAAUAAAGAGUUAGAGAAAGGUAACUGGAUUUGGGUUAUCUGACACUAUCACGUGAUCUACCACUCACGACAUUGGUUUCGUGCUGUCUUAAAACAAACAGUACCUUUAGCCCACGCGCCAUUUUUCUUCUCUCUCUCCCUCUCUCCACUGUUAUUAUGGCAUUAUGCUAAUGGAGGUUGCUGUUGCUGUUGUUGUUGCUUGCGUUUACUUUGUAUGAAGCUCAAGGGCUUCAAUUUUUCACUCCCGGAUCUUCUUCUUUUUCUUCCUCAAGCUUAGGUAAAUGGGAAUCAUUUCAAGGAAGAUCUUUCCAGCAUGUGGAAGCAUGUGUGUUUGCUGUCCUGCAUUGAGGUCGAGAUCACGACAACCGGUCAAGCGUUACCGAAAGCUUCUUGCUGAUAUCUUCCCCAAAUCCCCUGAUGAGUUUCCAAGUGAAAGGAAGAUUAUCAAAUUAUGUGAAUAUGCAGCAAGAAAUCCUUUCCGGAUUCCAAAGAUUGCGAAACAUCUUGAGGAAAGGUGCUACAAAGAGCUCAGAUCUGAGCACAUCAAAAUCAAACCUGUCAAGAUCGUCGCAGAAACUUUCAAUAAGUUGAUUUCUGUUUGUAAGGUGCAGAUAGCAUACUUUGCGGUUAAUGUGCUUGAUGUGAUGUCGGAGCUCUUGGGUUGUUCUAAGGAUGAGACCAUCCAAACACUUGGUUGCCAAGUCUUAACAACUUUCAUAUACUCUCAGGUUGAUGCAACUUAUACUCAUAACAUGGAGAAGUUGGUGAGGAAAGUAUGCAUGCUAUCGCGGGAGCAUGUCGGAGCACUUGAAAAGCGCUGCUUGAGGGCAUCAAGCUUGCAAUGCCUUUCCGCGAUGAUUUGGUUCAUGGCUGAAUUUUCACACAUAUUCGUGGAUCUUGAUGAGAUCAUUGAUGCCGUUUUAGAUAACUACAAAUGCGGUACACCAAUUGAAGAUGGUGGAGUGAGGGCAGAGCCUCAUCAUAAUUGGGUGGAUGAGGUUGUCCGACGUGAAGGUCGCGGUGGUUCAGUUGUCAGUGAUGGCAUUCACUCUAGCUGCUCCAUCAUCCAGCCAGAACCAGAAAAAAAGGAUCCUUCUCGAUUGACCAGAGAAGAAAGUGAAACACCAGAAAUAUGGGCUCAGAUAUGCAUUCAAAGAAUGGUUGAGUUAGCAAAGGAAAGAUCUACUAUGCGCCGUGUAAUGGAUCGGAUGUUUGUUUACUUUGAUUCUAGGCAGCAUUGGGCUCCUCAGCAAGGGCUAGCAGCAAAAGUCUUAUCCAGCAUGGCCUAUUUCAUGGAGAACUCUGGGAAUCAACAGUUAAUUCUAACUUGUGUGGUACAUCAUUUGGAUCACAAAAAUGUUAUGAAUGAUCCAAAACUUAAGACAUAUAUUGUUCAAGUUGCCACAUCGUUGUCUAUGCAAAUUAGAUCAGGUGCAGGGUUGAAAGAGAUCGGUUUUGUUGGUGACCUCUGCAGGCAUCUAAGGAAAAGCCUUCAAUCCUCCGGCAGCGAAUUUGUCGGCGAGCAAGAGUUCAAUGUGAAUAUCUCUCUCCAAAAUUCUAUUGAGGACUGCUUACUAGAAAUCGCCAACGGGGUCACUGAUACCCAACCGCUAUUUGACUUGAUGGCAAUAACCCUGGAAAGUUUACCAUCUGGUCCUCUUGCUAGGGCAACAAUCGGAUCAGUGAUAGUCCUUGCUCGUGUGGUCACCCUAGCGUUGUCUCGUUUAAAUUCGCAGCAGGGAUUUCCUGAAGUUCUUCUCGUGCAACUUCUAAAAGUAAUGUUGCAUCCAGAUUUGGAGGCUCGCGUUGGAGCACACGUAAUAUUUUCUGGGCUUCUUUUCCCAAGUUCCUUCCAAACACAUGAUGAUUCCUCUAUCCGGUCUGUAUAUACGGAUCGACACAGUAAAAAGAGUUUUCAGACUGCAUCUACAUCUGCCUCUAUUACGGCUUUACUUGAAAAGCUCCGCAAAGAUCAAGAUGGCAUUAAAACUGAAGGUCAUGGAAGUGCCAUUCAUGAUGGUUGCAAGGAAAAAGAUAUUACUGCUGAAGACUACAAGCCAGGGUAUGGCUUAAAGAAUUCUCCUAACUUCUGCAAACUCAGCUCCAUCAUUGAUAGGGCAAUGGGAUCACCGAGUUUGACUGACACUGAAUUAGGUAUUAUGAAGUUAAAUGAGGAUCAAAUAGGACAGUUGCUUUCUUCCUUUUGGAUUCAAGCCAAUCUUCCUGAUAAUUUACCUGCAAAUUUUGAGGCUAUAUCUCACUCAUUCAUAUCAACACUACUUGUUUUACGUGCAAAGAACCUGAAAGACAAAGACAACCUGUUGAUCCGCUUCUUCCAGCUUCCUCUGUCUCUCUGGACUAUGUUGCUGGACUCCAGUAAUGGAAUGUUGCCGCCAUCACAUCAGAGGUCCGUUUUUGUAUUAUCUACUGGCAUGUUGAUGUCUGCCUGUAAAGUGUACCAGAUUCAUGAUCUGAAUGAUGUGUUCACAUCGUUAGCAAUGUCUGAAGUUGAUCCAUUUUUGGGUAUCAAUGAUGAUCAUCAAGUAUAUGUUAAGGUCCAUGUGGAUUUGAGAGAAUAUGGUACUGCUGCAGAUAAUCAGGUGGCCAUGUCAGUAUUAUCUGAUCUACGGAGCAGAAUAUGCAAAUGUGAUGAGAUCAUAAAGAAUCACUUGGCUCAAAAUUUAGCUAAUAUCACAGAGCUGCAUAGAGAUAACCUGACAACGCUACUCUCGGAGACAUUUAAGCCGGAUGAGGAAUUUGUUUAUGGUCCUCAGUCAAUUCUUGAUCAUAAUAAGAUGAAUUUUCAUCCCCAGGAUUCACUGUCGUUUGAUGGGGAUUUUCCUUCUGGCUCAGGAGUUGAGGAUGACACAAUAAGCGAAGCAUCUGUCUCAGACCUUUCUCGAUUUGUUCCGAAGAUGCCUCCAUCCCCUUCUGUGCCUCAUGUUAUAAGCAUUGGACAGCUUAUGGAAUCGGCACUAGAGGUAGCUGGUCAAGUGGCAGGGUCGACCGUCUCGACCUCACCCCUUCCAUACAACGCCAUGGCCAGCCAGUGCGAGAAGCUCGGGACAUAUGCAAGGAAGAAGCUUUCGAAUUGGCUGACUUUUGAGAAUCAUCAUUACAGUCCAGCUGCUGAUAAAUAUCUUCCUCCAAUAUGUGAUAACUGGAAAUCAGCACUUGAAAAGGAAGUGAAGAGCGGAGAGAAUAGGCAAGUAGCGGCAGCAUCGCCGAGGGAGCCAUGGCUGGCAAUGAAGCUGCCUCCUGCUAGUCCCUUUGACAAUUUCCUCAAGGCCGCUGGCUGUUAACAUAUUAUGUUAAAUCUUGUUUCUUUCUCAUUAAGUGUGUUAACAUUUUGUAUAGGGCACUAACUAACACGCUAAACUUGAAUUGAAUUGAAGGGUGAAUGCUCCUUGUAAGGGUUACUCAAUUAUCAAUUCUAACUGCAUUAUUGUCUA